CCAGAGGAUAGUGCGGUUUGGUAUCGAUCGACACCGAAUACAGAAUCACACACACACUCUCUUCACCCGCGGUUCGCUAGUGCAGUGCUCGCCACAAGGGAAGUGUCGAAUCGGUCGCCCAUCCACCCCGAGAAGGUCAGUUCAGUGAUUAUGGGUACGACGUACAGGCAUGUCGAGGUGAACAUGGAAGAUUCCGGCAACAGUUGCGGCAGCAGCGUGGUGUCCGACUUCAGCGGCCCCUCCGACCACACGGACUUCGACGGGGACGGCGUCCAGGUGUCCGACCUGGAGGGCGACGCCGAAUCGCAUAUUCUACAGUGCGGCAUCGAGGAUGACUCCGACGACGAUGAUCUAGGGGCGAUGAAGAACCUCACGAUAAACGACUACGUGAUCAGCACCACCACCACCACACAACAGGACGUGAAGAACCUGGAAUCUCAGCAACGACUGGCGGUGCUCAGUUUCGAGCAGGUGUGUCGCCUCAACGACGUUAUGGACGAGGUGGUGUACAUACACGGCCGUGGCAACUUCCCCACCUUGGAGAUCCGCCUCCGCGACCUGGUGAACGUGGUCAGAGAGAAACUGGAGGCGGACACCUCGUCCGGAGGCGCCGGGAUGCGGGUCCGAGACAUCCGCCUGAACGGCGGCGCCGCAUCCCACGUCCUCGCCACCGAGACGCAGCCAUACAACGACCUGGAUCUCAUCUUCGGCGUGGAGCUCUCCACCAUGCGCAACUUCGACCGCGUCAAAUCCGCCGUGCUCAGCUCCCUCUACGAGAUGCUGCCCGACGGCGUGAGCCGCAAGCGCAUCUCCACCUGCAGCCUGAAGGAGGCCUACGUCAGCAAGAUGGUGAAGGUCAACAGCAACACCGGCGGCGACCGCUGGUCGCUCAUCUCCCUGGGAAACUCGCGCGGUCGCGGUGUGGAACUCAAGUUUGUGGACUGCAUGCGCAGACAGUUCGAGUUUUCCGUCGACUCGUUCCAGAUCAUCCUGGACUCGCUGUUGUUGUUCUAUAAAUGCAGUGAGUUGCCCAUCAGUGAGAACUUCUACCCCACGGUGGUGGGCGAGUCGGUGUACGGCGAUUUCCAGGAGGCGCUCUACCACCUGCAGAAGAAGCUGAUCUCAACCAGGCAUCCCGAGGAGAUACGCGGCGGGGGACUGCUCAAGUAUUGCAACUUGCUAGUCAAGAACUACAAACCGGCCCGCCCAGAUUUCAUUAAGGGACUCCAACGAUACAUGUGCUCGCGCUUCUUCAUCGACUUCCCCGACAUCACCCAGCAGAAGGCCAAGCUGGAGAACUACCUGUGGAACCACUUCGUGGAGCCUGACGAGGAGGCGCUGCGACACCAGUACCUGAUGCUCCUCCACGACGUGGUAGAGGAGUCGACCGUCUGCCUGAUGGGUCACGAGCGGCGCCAGACGCUGCAGCUCAUCAAGAGCCUCGCCUGGCAGGUGCUCUACCAGGACCAGCAGCGCAUGAUGACCCAGCAGCCCCCGCCCCUCAUGUACGCCAACGGUAUUGUCUACGCGCCCAUCAUCCAGACCAGCUGCUACUGCACGUGCAACCCAUCGUGGAUGCAGUGUUGCUCGUGAUGUGCGCAAGUCUGUGCGGGUGCGCGGGCGACAGCGCGCCCUCUAGCGGUAGAGGCGGCGGCUGUCGUGCGCCGCCACCACCGGGACACUCCUCGUACAGACUGCUGACUGAGGUUCGCGCGAGAACCCCUUACGUAACGCAAGCUGCGCGCGUCACUGUAAACAAAUCAUUCCGAGAUUGUAAAGGGCUCCCAAGGGGUUGUCUUGGAUUUGAGGUGUCGUCUUUUAGGAGUCGGCGUGAGUCUGUCUAUUUUUUAUUGUCCAAGAGUAAAACUCUUAUAAAUUGUAAACAGUUUUGAACUGAUACUGCAUAGGUAGAACCGUACUUUAUUAAAAAAUUGAGCCUAUGAAAGUCCAAGGUUGUAAAAAUUGAAAUAACAAGUAAAUUGUAACGGAACCUUGACUUUGCGAUUUAAUGAGUCAUAAAUACAUCAUAAUGAGUAAAAUCGACAGGUCCAAACAUCAUUUGCGUUUGGUGACUAAAAACGUAGUUGUACCAGAUCAGGUUUUAAGACAAUUGCUUCUAAACCAAAUUUAAUUUGAACGAAUUGAGAAAUAAUUUUUUAAUCCAGAAGAUUUACACCAGAAUUAUGAAUAUAACUGAUCUAAACUGAUUUCCCCUUUAACGCAUAAACGCAAUUUUUUCAAUUUUUCGAUAGGCACAUUUUAAUAUGUUAUUUACAAUAUUGAAUACAAAGAACAUGAAUAUUCAACUCGCCAUUGUAAUUUUUUGCACACCGCUGCCUUGCGUAUUUUCAAACAAUGAGUCUAAAAAUAACAAUAGCUUUCUUCAUUACAAAAAUUUAAGAGCCGGUACAACCGUUACGAAAUUCGUCGGUACACUACGAUUUGUCAUGGUCAUGGUUAUCCUAGUUCAACUCCAUUGACACAAUUCGCGUUUUUCGAAGUCAAACAAAGAGUAAAGUGGUUAAUUUUCCGAAAAUGCUUAAAUAUACAAAUAUUUGUUCAACUUCUGAAAUUCCUCUGCCGGUUUGUCGUGACUCAUUAAAAUGUUCAUAGAACUACUAAAUUUAUUACAUUAAAAUUGCUGUAACAUCACUUCGUUGCAGAGAACAUGUGACUCGUUAAGGAUAAUCAUGAGUGACUCGUUAAAAAAAUAUGACUCGUUAAGAACUCUUCAAAAACCAUCAGACUCAUGACGCGCCUCGUUAUUUUAGCUGCUUAUUUUUAUAUGUGCUGUGCAAAAAGUAACUUUGACUUAUGGAGUGAUGUGACUCAUUAAAUAUACUUUUUUUAUGUAAGUUUGGCCCCCUUAAAAUCUGAUUUGGUGUUAUCAUAGACUAUUUUUGAUCAAUUCCCAUUUGAUUAAUGUACAAAUGACUCAUUAAUAACAACGUGAGACUCAUUAAAUUUAAUAGACUCAUUACAUACACUUCCAAGACGGCCCCGGCCGGUUCUCUCUAGUAACAUGAGGCUGACAGUUCUUAAAAUAUGACGCAUUAUUUGGUGUGUGUGGCUGUGAGAAAAACACAUUUCUAUUGGGUUGUGUACGUGAGAUGUUUUUUAGCGAUUUUGGAGCGAUUUUUUUUCGAUACGCAGCCUGAAUCCAGCCGCAGAAGUACACGGUUUCGUAUCGGGCGCCCGUUUCGUUGCUCGGCCUUGACCUUCCUCAGGUAGGCGCGCAAUUUCGCCGGUCCCAGCGCCGAGUCUGAGGGAGGUCGAUGCGGCGCGGGGCGCUUUUCCGAAACGUCGCCCGGAAUGUCUGGUUCGCGCGUAGAGGGUAGGAUAUUUUUUAAAUAUGUUUAUGUAAAACCGUAAAUGUAGUUUGUGUGUAGGAGCAAGUUGCAGACAGUUCAAUAGCUAUGACAAAUUUUAUCCGUCGUCGGGGGGGUAGGUGGGUCCUUUUUUUUUCUAGAAACGCAGAAAGGCGGAACGUGGCGGCAUUUACUAUUUAAAUUUUACCGAUUUAAAUGUACCGAGUUGUUAAUAUUUAACAUUUUGAGAUAAUUUAGCAAAAAAAUUUUAUAAAUUGCUUUAAAAACAAUUACAAAAAAAACACAAAAUAAUAUAUUUUAAACAGAUUUUGUGUUUUAACCUAGGUUAGUGUUAGACUUGUAUUUAUAUCUAUCAGUUUAUUUUAUUACUACAUAUUCACUCGUAUUAAUUUUAACGUGGAUAUAAGCGCGAGAAAAAAAUUAAAACAAAAAACAUAUCAUAUAUAAUAGCAUUUGUGCGUAGAUAUUAAUUAUUAUUAAAAGUAAAAAGUAAAAAAAGUCAACAUAGACAUCAUAUUCGUAUAAAAGACAGUAAGCUUAGAUAUAAUCAAGGAGGAACAGAUUUAAGACAGCAUUUUCACCACCAAUUCUCUUCCAAUAAUUAUAAUUUAGCGAGUACUUGCCUUUACGAUCGGUAAUUAUCGUUCUAUCACGCCGGUAGUUGUUUUAAGUUCUAAAUAAUUUUUAACGCCAUUUUUACACUACACUAAGAAAAAUGCAUGUUUGCGUCCGCUGGUUUUCAGGGCUUCAGGCUGCGACCAACGAUCCUAUUUAUUGGAAAUUUCAGUUACAUCGCCCGAUCGCAAUAAGUAUUAGAAAUCAUAAAAAAAAUUAUCGUGAAAACUUCCAUAACUUGCGAGUAACGUAACCAGUCAUUAAAUAAGUAACUGUAGGUCUGAGUAGUUGGAUUUUUUUUAUUUCGUAGAGUCAGUAACUUAGUUAGAACACCAGUUGGACUGAGACGCAAAAAGGGAACACGAAUCACAACAAAAAAAUUCUCGGUUCAACUCCGUCUAGAGACUGCUGUACAGUGACCUCCACAAAAACACGCCUAUAAGUACUUAUAGCGAGGGUGACUGACUGAGGGGUAUGAAGCCUAACCAAAAAACAAAAAAAAAA